CCUCUGUUUUGUCAGGUGAUUAUUGUUUUAUUCAGAAUGCUCCCUGCAGUGUCGGUACUCCGUCCAGCAGGUGGCGCUGUCAAAAAGGUUUCUACACCACCGAAGCAGUGAGGGCAGUCUAGCCUUCUUUCCAAUCCCUUUUCCUCGGUUUUUGGACAUUUAUAGGCGUGAACAGUUGUUUGGAAAACUUGAGAACCUACUAAGCAAAGCUCAGCUUGAUAUUUCACUAUAAAAUAAUGUAAAAUAACGGCUUUACAAUGACACUUCCGUUACGCGACCGAAGAAAGGGUCGUCUGAGCAGCACUAAGUGACUUCAUAGACUGUUAAAAGACUGGCUGAAGGAUGGAUUCACUUCUCUGGGAUGCUGUUCAAAGUCUGCGUAGAGGGCGGGACCCUAAACACCAGAGUGAUGCAAAUAACAGCAUGGACAAUGCCUCAGAAAGUAAUAAUAAUGCCCAGGAAACUUACUGUGAAUACUCAAGAUGCACCAAUGAUAGACCACAAAGCAUUGUUGGAGUGAAUGUGGGAUGGGAGGAACCCAUUCCUGCAUCAUGUGACUUUUACAACAAGGAGUCAGAAGCCGAGGACCCAGAUGGAGCGCCACUUUUGGAGGAAGAUGAGGAUCCAGAGCUUGCAAGAAAGCGGAACGAGCUCAGAGAAAUAGAGGAACGGAUUCAACAAAAGAGGGUUUCGAUUGCUCUGAAAAAAGUUGUGCAUGUAGUGAACAAGGCAAGUCACGGCUUUUCUUGUAAUGGUGAAUCAGAUGGAUGUGAGGGUCCAACUCUUAAAGGCAGGGUGAAUGCAAUUUUGCAGCAACGACAUUCUCACAGCUUUCUGUCAAAGGUCCACGCACCUAAAGAGGGACCCAACUCAUCCAGCCUGCCAAGGGACCGACAUCCCUUGAAGCUCAGAGUGAAGGCAAUAAUGAAGCAGAAACAUACUGAUCCCGUUGUUCUGCCAACAUAUAGAGAGGUGGCUGAUAUCCCAGUGCCUCCUCCAGGCCAAAGGAAGUAUGCAGCAGAGAAGGAGGCGACCAGCGUGGACCUGGGAUUCCAACGCUUCCUCAGUGUGCUCAACAAGGGAGAAAUGCCUCCUCCAGACCACGCAGAGUCUUCAAAAGAGAAGGAGGCAAUCAACAAUCACCUGGGAUUCCAGAACAUCCUCAAUCUGUUUGACAAGAGAAAAAUACCUCCUCGAGUACAAAGAGCAGAAAAGGUCCAGCAGUUCCCCAGUGUACUCAAUAAAAGAGAAAUGCCUCCCAAAGGCCUCGAGGAAACUUCAGGAAAAAAAGAGGCAAACAGUGUGAACCUCAGUGUCCAGCAGUUCCCCAGUGUACUCAAUAAAAGAGAAAUGCCUCCCAAAGGCCUCGAGGAAACUUCAGGAAAAAAGGAGGCAAACAGUGUGAACCUGGGAUUCCAGCGCUUCCUCAGUGUGCUCAACAAAGGAGUUGACAUGGACGUGCUCAGUAGGAUUGUCAAUGCUGAUAGCGAGGUUCCUCUGUUAGGUGAGGAGGUACUAAACAUUCAGCCCCCUCCUUUAGAGAACAGGUUAAAUCUGCCUUUUAAAAAUGACAGUCAGCGAUCCACCAGUGGAGCCUCACUGGAGAACCACAGUUCCAGCAGCAGUAGAGAGAGAAAGACCGACUCACAAGGUCAUGAGAGAUCCAGCAGUGGGUCGACCUUCCUAUCUGAUGAUAAGAAGAAGAACGACAGAGGAGAGUGUUGCUUUGCCUCGAGUAGUUGUUCCAAACGAUCCAACAGUGGAGCCUCGCUGGAGAGCCACAGUCCCAUCAGCAGUGGAGAGACAAAGACCAAGCCAAUAGGUCGAGAGAGAUCAAUCAUUCAGGGGCUCUCCCAGGCUGAUCACAGAAAAGACAGAGGAAACCACUGCUUUGCCUCGAGUAGUCGAUCCAAGUCUCCCCCUGUAGUGAAGAAGAAGAAGAAAAAGGAAGAAACACCAAAGGUGGAGGAGCAUCAAGAGCAUCUCCAGAACAUUCUUAAAACUUUGGGGUUUAGUCUGGAAAUGGAGGAGAUGAGCAAACUAGCAGACCGGACUCAGGAGAGGCUGUAUGGAAAGAAGAGGGUUGAGAGCAGAGGGGAGCAGCAGAGUCAGCAGAUAGUCUCUCACAAACAUCACAGGAACUUCUCCCCUUCUUCCUCCUCCUCCUCAUCCUCCUCAUCUUACUCAAGGUCAGCAUCUAGAAGCUCAAGUCCCAGCCCUUCUCGCCGCCUGUCCUACGACAGAGACUCGAAACAAAGGAGAAGGUCUGGACGCAGCCGCUCAAAAGACAUAAGCAGAGAUAGACUGAACCAAGACGGCCAUCAGGACAGUAAAAAGGGGAAGACGCAGUGGGAUAGAGACAAAGAUAGAAAACUGUGUGAAGAAACCUCUGUAUAUGAUAAUCCACAUACACAUCAACCAAUCCCUGUUUGUCAAAAUUCCUACCCUCCUGGUUUUCCUGAAUUCCAGAAUAACAAUUUUCCUCAGUACUCCGACUGUGAUGCCUAUCCCAGCAACACUUCCGUUACUGCCACUGAGUCUUGCUGGGUGGAUCCUCAGGAUGCCUAUCCUGCACCCUUUUAUACUAGCAGGUAUCCUAAUCUCCAACACUCCUUCCAUCACUUCCCUGGCCCUGUAGCAGCACCUACAAAGGUCCGUCAUUGCAGACUUGACAUUAACUUACUUGUGAAUCCAGAUCUGUCGAGAAGUGAAGGACAAGUCGGGCCAGCUUCUCGCACUCGGUGCCUGCAUGUUCUCACCACUCAGCAGCCAACUUCUUCAGGCUAUUUAAAGGUACUGGCAGGAGGCCAAAUGAUGAAUAAAAAACCUAAAUUUAGGAAUCAACGUCAAAGAAGAAAACACAGAAACAAACUAAAAUUAGCACAGAUGGCAAAGUUUGAUGUGAUGGAGGUGACGGAGAAGAGGGAGAAGAGGGAGAAGAGGGAGGAGGCCCCACAGAAAAAUGAAAAGGAUUGUUUGUCAGAAGAGGAAAAACAGGUGCCCACAGAAGAGGAAGUGAAGAAGAACCUGAGGAAAAUGCUCGAUGCAUUUAACCAGAAGCCGAAGCCAAAUGUCAUACAGCCGUACACCUCAGUGCCUUUUGAGACUGAUUAAGGUGCGUACAGUUAGGUGUGAGAUCACUGAUAUGUG